CGUCCCGAAGCAGGGAAACGUCAGAACGUCAGUGACGUAACCCAGUCCUGGCCGUGUGCAGCGUGGGUUCCCGCAGCCAUUGCAGCUUAGAGAGGUCCCCGCUCGUGUGUCACGGCGCAGGCUCGCUGUAGCGCAGCCGCUCUGAGUAAACCAUGAUGGAGGACCAUGCAGUUACGCAGACAGACAGCCUAACCACCAUUGAAGCCCAUACAGUGGCCCACUCUGUAGCCCACUCUGUGCAGCAGGUUCAACAGGUUCAUGUUGCCACAUACACAGACCACAACAUGCUAAGUGCUGAUGAAGAUUCUCCAUCCUCUCCCGAAGACACGUCCUAUGAUGAUUCAGAUAUCCUCAAUUCAACUGCUACAGAUGAGAUUACAGCUCACUUAGCUGCAGCAGGACCUGUUGGAAUGGCAGCUGCAGCCGCUGUUGCAACAGGAAAAAAACGAAAGAGGCCUCACAUAUUUGAGUCUAACCCUUCCAUCCGGAAGCGGCAACAAACACGCCUUCUCAGGAAACUGCGAGCAACUCUGGAUGAAUAUACCACCAGAGUAGGACAGCAGGCUAUUGUUCUGUGCAUCUCUCCAUCCAAGCCAAACCCAGUUUUUAAAGUCUUUGGAGCUGCUCCUCUAGAGAACGUGGUCCGCAAGUAUAAGAGUAUGAUUCUGGAGGACCUGGAGUCUGCUCUGGCAGAACAUGCCCCUGUACAGCAGGACAUCAACUCAGACCUCCCUCCUCUGACUAUUGAUGGUAUACCAGUGUCUGUUGAUAAAAUGACACAGGCUCAGCUCCGAGCAUUUAUCCCUGAGAUGUUAAAGUAUUCUACAGGAAGGGGAAAACCUGGGUGGGGCAAAGAGAGCUGCAAGCCAAUCUGGUGGCCCGAUGAUAUCCCGUGGGCUAACGUUCGCAGUGAUGUCCGCACGGAGGAACAGAAGCAGAGAGUUUCCUGGACUCAAGCACUACGAACAAUAGUAAAGAAUUGCUACAAACAGCAUGGAAGGGAGGAUCUAUUGUAUGCAUUUGAAGAUUCACAAACAACACAGGUGGCAACAACACAUGGUAUUGCACACCUUGUGCCCUCACAAACUGUGGUACAGACUAUCAGUAACCCAGAUGGCACAGUGUCUCUCAUUCAGGUUGGCACAGGGGCUACUGUUGCAACUCUAGCAGAUGCAUCUGAACUUCCAACAACAGUAACAGUGGCACAAGUUAAUUAUUCUACGGUCAGUGAUGGUGAGGUGGAGCAGAACUGGGCCACGCUACAAGGGGGUGAGAUGACCAUCCAGACAACACAGGCAUCGGAAGCAACCCAGGCAGUAGCAUCAUUGGCAGAAGCAGCAGUGGCAGCAUCACAUGAUAUGGCGCCAGGAGCAACGGUGACAAUGGCAUUGAACAGUGAAGCUGCGGCGCAUGCUGUAGCUACCCUAGCCGAAGCCACCCUGCAGGGGGGAGGGCAGAUUGUUUUGUCGGGAGAAACUGCAGCAGCUGUUGGAGCCCUGACCGGAGUGCAGGAUGCUAAUGGUGCAAUUUGGAAAAGAAUUGUGAUGAAGGAGAGUGAUGGCAGAAAUAAAGGUCUAGUGCAGAUUCCUGUCAGUAUGUACCAGACUGUGGUCACCAGCCUGACCCAGGGUAAUGGGCCUGUACAAGUCGCUAUGGCGCCAGUCACCGCACGAAUAUCUGACUCUACAGUGACUGUGGAUGGGCAGGCAGUGGAGGUAGUGACAUUGGAGCAAUGACUGUCGGGCCCUGGAGGACACGUUAGAUGACCUUGGAGUUCCCAAAGUUCUGAUGAGUUCUUCUGGGCGUCAACAACACAUGGAAUUUUUUUGGAGUGACAGUUCAAAGGCUUACCAAAAGAGUCAGAGACAUAUUUUUAUCAUUGAACUUUGUAUAUAUAUAUAUAUAUAUAUAUAUAUAUUCCCAUGUGCUGGUCUUGUUCCUUUCUUAAAAUGUUUAAUUUAUUUCAUUAAAAAAAGCAAAAUAUGUUUCCAGUUUAAAAUUCUAAGCUCUGGGAAGGUCACUGAGGGACAGCAAACCCAUAGCUGACUGUAUUUAUAAACCGCUUCAUGUCGUCCCAGAAAUCUGCCGAUAACAUGGAUGAUUUGGAAGCAAAGGUUUUGCUGCCAGAAUGCCUGUUCCUUUCCUGCUGGGUAUCUGGCUACUUAGAGAUACUAUCAUAUAGUUCUCAUUUCUGCAUCAGAUUUACUUAUCACCUGUAACUAGCAUGGGAGUUCUGCUUAAGAAACAGGCAGAAGUCGCUUCCUUUUAACAUUUUCUGUCAGUGGAAUAAGUAACAGCAGCUGUCUGCAUUGUAGUAAGGGGCACGGAAUCAUUAUAUAACCGUGGUGCCUUAUAUCGAACACUCAGAAUGAGAGCAGACAUAGAACAUUGAUGUCUCUGGGGAAAAAGCAGAAUGGAAAUUUGCAAAUCUGUUAAUGAGGCUGAGCAUGGAAUGAAGCUCCUCAUGAACUGCUAUGGCUUCCUAAUUUCUGGUAUAGCAAGAAAACCCAUAGCACAACCAGAAUUGCACUAAAAAUGUUUUUAUUUUUUAAUGUAUCUUUGCAUGUAGCCACAUUAUUUUGGCCAUGUGGAAGUGGAAACACUGGCAGUUUUGGUUGAUAGUGGCAGGUGUCCAUAUUAUGGCAGAUACAUGGCCCUGCUAAGCUGUUGGCUGUCAGAUCUGUUAAUUCUUAGUUGGCGUUGCACAGAGGAGAUUAUUUUUUCAUACAAAAUCAAUCUACAGAGCAAUCCUUUAGCAAGUUUCCUAGCAAGCGUGUUGGGCUUUUUAUGUACUCAACAAAAUUAUUGUAGCUUGGCCUGGAAUGCAUCUUCUUUAUUAGGUAUUUUAAAGGAGAAAAACAGUGAUGAGCUUUAGUUUCUUUUUAGAACCUCACAGAUCAGGGGAUCAUGGUUAAAGCCAUUUCACUAGGGACUGAUUUGUAAAUAAACUGCUGAUCGCAGUGGUGGUCAAAAUGUCCAAUGUGCGAUCAGUGAGAGCAUAGUUCUGUCUUCCCAAUUUUUAGAAACAUGGGGCCUGAGGCAUGUGUAGCAGUGACUAGACUGAGCAGAGGCCUGACUGUCACCCUGCCGGUGCUUCUGCCACCACAUUUCCCAUAGAUCAUAAUAUGGGACGCAGUUAGAGGAAUUGGGGGGCAUUUUGACAGCCACUGUUUCCUGCCUAAUGGUAGAACAGGUCAUGUGAUACUAAUUAAGCUCUCUAGUCUCACCUACUUUUGAUCUUUCAUUUACUGAACACAGUAAUAUGUGCUAGCCUUGUAAGUAAAUACUCAUUUGAAAGUUACAUUCCAGUUACUGUUUAUAUAUACACAUGUUUUUAACUGUCCUAUCAUAAUUAGAGAAUACAUGCUGUAUGCUCACGGGCACCCUCAGUGCUGCUGUCAGAUUAGUUGUACCUUUAUCACUUCUUUUGGGAAAUUUUAUUUCCAUAAAAGAAAAAUUAGUUACCUUUUAAAAUUCCAAUAAAAAUGAGAUUAGUUCUAAUAAUAUGAUAGGUCGGAUCUGUCCCCAGGGGCAUGGGGGAGUUUGCAGGAGUGCAUUUUAUUGGCGGCUUGUCCUGUGCUGGUUGUGUCCAGUUAUAUAUGCUGCCAACAAUGCACAAAGUCCAUUCUCAAACACUUUCAUGUGUUUGGAUCAGACCGGCCAGACUUCAGUGAAUGAAGAGAAAUGAUCCCAACUGGUACGAAUAUCAUUUCUUUAACUCUUAUUUCACAAUGGCAAUUAUUUCUAUUUAAAUUGGAUUCAUUAACCCAUUUAAGACAGAUCUAUUGUAAUAUUUUUAUGUAAAUACAUUUUCACAGCAAGAUGAAUUUCAACCGAAAUACUAAACUUACUGGACUAAGUAUUAAAAUGGAUGAUUGUAGUGGUCAACACUGUUUUUGUUUUUUAUGGUGUCUCAGUAAAAUGAUACAAAAGACAACAGUUUCCUGUUCAAUAGCUCAAUAUUGUAUUGGGUUUUUUUUUCUUCCUAAAAUAAAUAAUUUAAUAUUUCCCUGAAUUUAGCCAAUAAGUGACGUUACAGAUGAACCCUGUUUGCGUCAGCCAAACUUUGCUUCCAAAAUAGAGCCCUGAGAGAUUCCAUCCCGCAUGUGUGAAACCUUACCGUGACGCUAGCCAUCCCCUAGCAACUCUUUCUCUCUUGUUUUCUGCUUCUUCCCCAAAGUAACCAAAUUAAUCAAUGGGACUGUGGUGCAGCAGGGUGAGGAAGGGAUGCUAACAAUAUAUCAGUCCCUAGCUUCUGAUUUCUUUUUUUUUUUUUUUUUUUUUUGCAAAUCAUGUAACCUGUAUAGCAAAUGUUUUUGUGUAUGUUUAGGAUAUAUAUAUAUAUGCCAGGUCUAGCUUGUUAAACUUUUUUUUUUUUUUUUAAAUGUGUUGUCAGUUUUCAUUGACUUAAAUAUUUGUUUACUGCAACUAAAAUUUUACUGCAAGAAACUUCAUAAACUGUACCAAGACGUUGGAUUAAUUUAUCCAGUCUUUCAGUGUGCAUUGAGCAAAUAAAUUGUUCAACAGGCCUGUGUGUGCUUUAUUGCUGGAGGGCUGAGUUUCUAUAUGGACUAAACACUUUAGAGCCUAUUUAUUAUUCUGUGUAAAAUAAAUGACAAA